UUCAUUAUCGAAUAGUUAAAUCCUAUUUAAGGAAACAAAAUUAAACGCACUCUUUAUUGUUACAUUAAAAUUAAAAUGUAUCCAAACAAACCAUUUCUUUUCUGUAACGGCUGUAGCCAGUAGGUUUCUUGAAAAUUUCCCAAUUCCUUCCUUUUCAUCUCUUUAUUACACCCAUUGAAUUUGAAUGCCGUCUCUUGUAACCACAGAUAUCCCAUGGCAUGCAUGAAGUUGGGAUCUAAGGCAGACGUGUUUUACUUGGAUGGCAAAACCUGGGUCUGCUCCACUGGCCUUCCAAGUGAUAUUCACGUUGAAGUUGGUGAAACAAGCUUCCAUCUUCACAAGUUUCCACUGUUAUCUAGGAGCCGAUUGUUGGAGAGGCUAAUCCAAGAACUUUCCGAGAACGUGAACUGCGAGGUUGAAGCAAAAAGUGUUUUACAACUUCACGAUUUACCUGGUGGAGCAAAAUCCUUUUUGCUCAUAGUCAAAUUCUGUUAUUCUAUUAGAGUAGAACUUACUGCAGUUAAUGUAGUGAGCCUUAGGUGUGCAUCUGAGUAUCUUCAAAUGACUGAGGAUUAUGGAGAAGGAAACCUCAUUGCAUCAACCGAAAGUUUCCUAAACGACGUAUUUGAGAGUUGGGUCGAUUCCAUUAAAGUCCUUGAAACUUGUGAAGAGUUCCUUCCCCUCACAGAAGAACUUCAUAUAGUUUGUAGAUGUAUUGAUUCAUUGGCUGCAAAAGCUUGUACUGAUCCGAGUCUUUUAAGUUGGUCCGUGUCCGGACGAUGCGCUACUCAGAGUCAAGUGGAUACUUCUCUAUGGAACAGGAUAAACUUAACUUCAAAGCAAGAUCCCAUGAUGGAUGAUUGGUGGCACGAAGAUGUGGCUUCUCUUCAAUUGUCUCUUUUCAAAAGGUUGAUCCUGGUAGUUGGUUCCAAAGGCAUGUCACCGGAGAGAAUUGCGGGUUCAAUAAUGUUUUAUGCUAAAAGGCAUCUUCCAUUACAUGGUCGGAAAUCAAGCUUUCAGAAUUGCACCCUUUCCAAUAUGUCAGAUGCAAAUCAUAGGACUCUUCUUGAAGAGAUAGUAGAAUUACUACCUAAUCAAAAAGGCAUUAUACCUACAAAGUUCUUGCUUAAGCUUCUAAGGACAUCCAUAAUUUUACAUACUAGUCCAUCAUGUCGAGAAAACUUGGAAAGAAGGAUAGGGGCACAAUUGGAUCAAGCAGUUCUUGAAGAUCUUCUCAUCCCAAAUACGGGGUAUUCAGUUGAGACCCUUUAUGACAUUGACAGUAUUCAGCGGAUUGUUGGUCAUUUCAUGUCGAUGGAUCAGGAAGAAACUGAUUCUACCUCAAACUCUUUCAUAGAUGAGGAUCAGUUUGCUAGAGAUUCUUAUUCACUUACACCCAUGACAAUGGUGGCUAAUCUGGUGGACAGUUAUCUGGCUGAGGUGGCACCUGAUGUUAACUUGAAAUUAACUGAAUUCCUGUCACUUGCUGCUAUAAUUCCCAACUAUGCUAGAUCACUACAUGAUGGAAUAUACCGGGCAAUCGAUAUAUAUCUCAAGGCUCAUCCCUGGCUAACAGACUCAGAAAGAGAACAGCUUUGCAGGGUCAUGAAUUUCCAGAAGUUCUCAGUGGAAGCCAGUACACAUGCAGCGCAGAACGAGAGGCUACCGCUGCGCAUUAUUAUCCAGGUUCUGUUUUUUGAACAACUUCGGCUACGAACCUCUGUUGCUGGUUGUUUCUAUGUCUCGGACAACCUUGAGGAUUCACAAAAUCUAUGUGGGAAAAUGGUACCGACAAAUGACUGCAUCCCAAUGAGCUCUGUACAGGACGAGAUUCUUACGUUUGAUGAUAUGAGAGAACGGGUGGCCGAACUCGAAAAGGAGUGCAAGAAUGUGAAAGAAGAGAUGGAGAAGCUAGUGAAGACUAAGGGAAGCUGCAGCAACUUCUUUAGAAAGUUCAGUUUAAAAUUUAAGGCGAGGUCUUCAGAUCAAGAGCCAGAAAAUGCACCCAGCAAUGGCGAAGCGGAUUGCCAAGAAAAUAAGUAUUGAAUGAAAACAAAAUGAUGAGAGUCAUAAGUUAGAUUCAUUGAAUGAAGUUCUCAGUAGCACCAUUUCUUUUUCUCUUGGCAGCUACUAGUGGCAUUUAGAUUGCUUGUGUGUUAAUUGAUAAAAUUUUAGUCAGACACUAGAUUGUGUUAUGCUUCUUCUUCCAUUGCACUUUGGAGAACAGCCAUCGGUCUGGAUAUAUCAUAAAAUUGAGAUGACUUUUUGUAGUCCCACUUUUGGCCGAGUUGCUUUCAA